AUGUGGAAUCAGAGAGUGACGCAUCAGGCCUUGAUAGCUAUGAAUGUCAACACAGGCCGGAUCGAAAAGGAGUGGCUGACUUUCAAAGGAAAGUCUGAUGCGCCAAAAAACUCCACUUUCACAUUCUAUGUAACUCCGUAUCUUAAGAAACCGGUGAUCACUGGACAGGUAGAUGAAGUAGUCGGUCGGUUGGCAGGAUAUUCAGAACGAAUUGUGAAAACGGGUGGGGCUACAUUAAUUGUUGGUGUUCAUGAGGAAACCGGCUGUCGUGACGAAAAAUGCCAGGUUGAUGAUGCAGCGCUGCAGAUUGCAGGAAAAUCAAAUUGGGAUCUGACUCAGUUGCUCAGGUUUCUACGCGUUCCAACUAUAUUAGGAGUGUGGGCAGUAAAAAUCGAUAACUGGAAUUUCGACAGCCAACAACCAUAUUACGUCUCCGACGCACAGCUCACGGGAGACUUACAUGCACUACUGGCUUCCUCGACUGUGCCAUUUAUCAACAUUUCUCCUCCCGCAGAUGAAACGGCAGCAAAUUUGGUUCCCCCGGACGGUCGGCCGGUGUGUCGAACUCCGUUGCAUGGGUUUCCUCCACGGCUGCCCAGUCCGCCUCCAAGUCCGCCCCCUCUGGCCGCAUCUGUGGCCACCUCCUUUGGACUCCAAGGAGAAUCUUCAGCGCCGCCAACUGACCCAGGCUGUCUCAAGUCCAGUAGCCCCGCACUUUCCUCGAAGUCCUCCAGGCUUACCGUUUGGGUGAUUGAACGUCAUCAAGAGAGAAGUGCUGGAUUUAAGUUUUUGGCUCUAAUUCAAAUGGGUACUGCGGGUUUUGCCGUUUUCAUGGACUUUUAUAUAGCACAGUUAGUGGAGUCCAACCGUUCCAUAAAGGUGUUUGUGCGUAAAUUAGGCUAUAAGCGGGAGAUCCGGGGUUCGGUCGGCUUCCACCCAUGGUAUAUGAAAUCGUUCGUCACCAAAGUUCUUCGUGCUGCCAGGGUUUCUCAUGACCAUAUCGAUUCCAACGAAUACAAAACCUCGGAGGACGAGAAGCUUUGCGUUCACUCUCCGACAUCCAAAAACGCAUCGGACAGUGAGAAGUAUAUACAGAUGGGCUUAAGCAAGAACUUGGAUGUUCAGCAAACACCCCAUCAAUGUCCAAAAUCCUCAAAGGAGUUUUGGUAUCCUAGCUGGGUUCAAGAACACCAUGCAACGCCCUUGAACCUGAAACCUAAUGAAUGUGACUUCCGUGCAUCUCAUUUUGGAUAUUUCAAAACUCGGAAUCAUCGUUUGUUGGAGCAGCAUUGGGAGGAGUUGGUAGCCGAAAAACAUUUAGGAAUCGCUGAGCACUCAAGAAUUUUGGAGAAAAAAAUUAACUCGUGUCCCCAUUGUGGAAAGCGACUACGUCGGCUUCUGCAGCGGCUCGAUUGUUCUUUGGGUGUAUCUUGCAAAUCUGCGUCCCAUUUAACGUUUUUGAUCCCCGACCAUCUUGUAUUGUAUGGACGUUCCCCCGGCGAUCGUGCACGAGUAACUCGAGCGUGCACGGCUGCCUCCGAGGAGUUAUACGUAUCAAGAAAUUCAAUGAUGGAAAAGAGAGGAAACCCCUACGUUAAGGUGGAUUUCGUUUUCAGAAUGACGAACUCUGAAGGCAACAAUUAUAGCGAACCUCGGUCAUCACGAGACUCAAUCGGAACAGUAGUCAUAAAUAAACUAAUUGCCACAUUCUCACCCAGCGUCGCCAAAGAGGUAUCCGCACCCAUGGUCGUCAAA